GCCAGAGCACUUCCGCUGCAGGGGUUGGCGCUUGAGGCCUGCGUUCCCAGGAGGGAGAAGCAACAGAAAGACAAGGCUUACAAUGCUGGCUCCAGUGUGAGAGCUGGGCUCAGGACCACGCCUGCCUCCCACCCAGUGGGUGGGACAGCUGUUGUGUUGGUUGGUUGAUGCCCUAAGAUGUCAGCUGAGGAUGCGCUCAGUGGUUCAGCUGGUUAGUCCAAAGUCACACGACUGACAAACAGUAGCUUCUUCCCAGGUUCCUGCAGAGGCCAAAAGAUAGCAUCGGGUCACCUGGUGCUUGAGUUACAGACAGUUACAAGUCACCUGAUGUGGGUGCUGGGAGCCGAACCCUGGUCAUCUGCAAGAGCAGCAAGGCUUCCUAACAACAGAACCAUCUCUGUAGCCCAAUGAAAUAGUUUUUGUUAGGCUCUCCUGUUAACAAGACAGCUGUUCCCAGGACGAGGAGGCCAGAAUGACCAAGUUCAAGGAGAUGGUGACAUUCGAAGAUGUGGCCGUGGUCUUCAGUGAGGAGGAGCUGGGGCUGCUGGACGCUGCCCAGAGGAAGCUGUACCAGGAUGUGAUGCUGGAGAACUUCAGGAAUGUGGUCUCCCUGGGCCGUCAGACCAUCACACCAGAUGUUUUACCCCAGCUCAAGAAAGAAGACAAAUUUUGGGUGAUGAGGACUACAGCCUGGAACGGUGGCUCUGCAGGAGACAAGAAUCUAAACAAGAUGAAGUCUCUUCAGGAAGGAGGAUUUAGACACCCGCCACACAGGGAGCUUUUCUGUUCACAAAUUUGGCAACAAGCAACAAACGAAUUAACUGGAGGUCAAGAUUCCAUGGUAAAUACUGGAGAAACUGAAUCACAUUUGAAAUUUGUGCGAUAUGAAUGUAAAUGCUUCAGUCAGCAUUCAUGUCUUCAGGUUCACCACAGAGCACGCCCUGGCCAAAAACCUUAUGGAGGGGAGGGAUGUGAUAAAGGUUCCGUUUGGGGCUCUCAUCUUCAUGCUAAUACAAGAGAGAAGCCCUACAGGUGUGAAAAAUGUGACAGCACCUUCUGUCGGUUUUCAAGUCUUCAGUCCCAUCAGAGAGUGCAUGAUAGAGACAAAUCAAACAAAUCUGAUGCAUUGUGUAAAGGCUUCAGUCAAAGGCCACGAUUUCCCCAUCAUCAAAGUAUCCCCACUGGAGAGAGUCCAAACAAAUACGAGAAGUGUAAGAAUGCUGGGAAAAGCUCACAUCGCCAAGCUCCUUCAUUAGUCCACCCAGGAGAGAACCGCUACAAGUGUGAAGAGUGUGGGGUGGACUUCAGUCAGAGCUCAUGUCUUCAAGUCCAUCAGAGAGUCCACUCUGGAAAGAAACCUUACAAGUGUGAAGAGUGUGGGAAGGGCUUCAGCUGGCGUUCACGUCUACAAGCCCACCAGCGAAUCCACACCGGAGAGAAACCGUACAAAUGUGAUGCAUGUGGCAAGGGCUUUAGUUACAGCUCACACCUUAACAUUCAUUGUAGAAUCCACACCGGAGAAAAACCCUAUAAAUGUGAGGAGUGUGGGAAAGGCUUCAGUGUGGGCUCACACCUUCAAGCCCAUCAGAUAAGCCACACUGGAGAGAAACCAUACAAAUGUGAGGAGUGCGGGAAAGGCUUCUGUCGGGCCUCAAAUCUUCUGGACCAUCAGAGAGGCCACACUGGAGAGAAGCCAUACCAAUGCGAUGCUUGUGGAAAGGGCUUCAGUCGUAGCUCUGAUUUUAACAUUCAUUUUAGAGUCCAUACAGGUGAAAAACCCUAUAAGUGUGAGGAGUGUGGGAAGGGCUUCAGCCAGGCCUCAAAUCUUCUGGCUCAUCAGAGAGGCCACACUGGAGAGAAACCCUACAAAUGUGGUACCUGUGGGAAGGGCUUCAGUCGGAGUUCAGAUCUUAAUGUUCAUUGUAGAAUCCAUACAGGAGAGAAGCCCUAUAAGUGUGAGAAGUGCGGGAAAGCCUUCAGUCAGUUCUCAAGUCUUCAGGUGCAUCAGAGAGUCCAUACAGGAGAGAAGCCAUAUCAAUGUGCAGAGUGUGGGAAGGGCUUCAGUGUAGGCUCACAGCUCCAAGCUCAUCAGAGGUGCCACACUGGAGAAAAACCAUAUCAGUGUGAGGAGUGUGGGAAGGGCUUCUGUCGGGCCUCAAAUUUUCUGGCUCAUCGUGGAGUCCACACAGGAGAAAAACCAUACCGAUGUGAUGUGUGUGGAAAGCGCUUCCGUCAGAGGUCCUACCUUCAUGACCACCACAGAAUCCACACUGGAGAGAAACCAUACAAAUGUGAGGAGUGUGGGAAAGGCUUCAGUUGGAGCUCAUACCUCAAAGCCCAUCAGAGGGUCCACACUGGAGAGAAACCAUACAAAUGUGAGGAGUGUGGGAAAGGCUUCAGUUGGAGCUCAUACCUUCAAGCCCAUCAGAGGGUCCACACUGGAGAGAAACCAUACAAGUGUGAGGAGUGUGGGAAAGGCUUCAGCUGGAGCUCAAGUCUCAUUAUUCAUCAGCGAAUCCAUACUGAUGAUGAGGGUGACAGGGACCCUUCUUCAUCAGAGGAUUCAUACAAGAAAUAAACUCUCCAAUUUUAUGUUUUAAUAUCUCAAGUGGGUGCUUAAAUAAUUACCUGGUAACUACCUGAGCUGUCAGCAGAGACAAAAGAGUUGUUUCAUAAAUGUAUGUUUGCUAGACCUAUGGUACAUAGUUCACACUGUUUGAGAGACCAGACAGCAGAAGAGACCAGUAAGAGUAGAGCUGUGAUAGCUUCAGAACCUUGGCCCUCAUCAGGUACGUGCAGACAAGAUGCUCAGGAAGGACAGAUCGGGCCUGGAGUUAAUUAGAAGUCCUAAAUGUGACAGUCUGUUUCAGUGGAAUGUAAACUCCCAAAGGUGGGGACUCUGUUCACUGCCAAAUGUCUUACUUUCUAAAGCCCAACACAUUGUCUCUUUUCAUUAGUAAGUUAGUAGCAAGAAAGGCAGGUAUAAUAGAUCAUAGUUCUAAUUCCAGCGCUCAAGGGGUUUUCCAUGAGUUUGGGAUCCACCAGAGCUGCAGUGCGACCAUCUCAAGAGACCGAAAUAACAGUAAAUACGUGCAUAGCAGAGACCUCAGGCAUUUGAAAUAUUUUGCUGUGUUGUCUGUAAAAGUUCCUGUAAAAUGUCCCCAGAAGUGUUCAGAAGGCUUGUGGGGCCUGUAAACUAGUCACAUGGGCUCAUUUUCUCAACCCUACUGGGAAUAUCUAUCAAAAGGAAGGUCUCAGCCUGUCAGCAUGUCCAGAAUCUGUUGUGGACAUUUUUUUUAUUCCUAACCACUUCAUUGAAGUGUAAUUUGCACGACAACAUGCACAAAUCUUGUUUAUGGCUUCCUAAAUUUUGACCAAUGUAUGCAUAUGUAUAAUAAUUAUCACCAACAUCAAUGUAUAUAAUAUUUUUACUAAGCAGAAAGAUACUGUACACCCCUUUCUGGUCAGUCCCCUUUAAUGCCGGCAAAUAUGAUUUCCAUACUUCAGAUUCCUUAGGUUUGUUUUGAGCUUCCUGUGGGCUAAGUAUGCACCAUUUGUGGGUUCUUUUUUCAUUUAUAUGUUUAUGUGUAUGAGUGUUAUACCUGCAUGUAUGUAUGUAUACCACAUGCAUGCAAUGCCCACGGAGGUCAGAAGAGGGCAUCAGAUCCCUGGAACUGGAGUUAAAGACAGUUGUUAGCCACCAUGUGGGUGCUAGGAACCAAACCCACGUCCUCUGGAAGAGCAUUCAGUGCUCUUAACCACUGAGCCAUCUGUCCAAUUCCUGUUUGCAGGUUCUUUUCUGAACAGAUACAGGGAAAACAUUGAACAGAUUUUACCGUCUAUCCAUGCUGAAAAUUCUCAGUGAGAUAAAUUAUCUAUGAAAUCUAAGCCAAAUGUGAUGACUUAUGUGUGAAAUGUCAGCACAUGAGAGGUGGAGGUAAGGGAAUUGGGUGUUAAAGGUGAGCAUUCACUGCAUAAUGAAUUUGAAGCCAGCCUUGUCUGCAUGACACCUUGUCUCAAAAACCAAACAGGGCUAGUGAGAUAGCUCAGGAGAUAAAGGCGCCUGCCACCAAGUGUGAUGACCUGAGUUCAAUCUCAGGACCCACAUGGUGGAGAGAAUCGACUUCCACAAGUUGUCCUCUGGCCUCCCCAUGUGUGCCACGGCAUAUGCCCCCCCU